AUGACUCUAGUUACAAGGCCUUCGCCUCCAUUCCCACAAAGAUUGAAGCCGAAACAAGACGAGUUGAAAUUCAAAAAGGUUCUGGAGAUUCUGAGUGAAGUACACCUUAAUAUUCCCUUGCUGGAUGCCUUAAGGGAUGUACCAAAAUAUGCCAUAUACAUCAAGGAGUUAGUUGCUAACAAAAGAAGGUUGACAAACUUUGAAACCGUAGCACUUACUGAGGAGUGCACAUCCCUUCUAGCAGACAAAUCCAUCUCCUAUCCCGAAGGAAUAAUUGAAGAUGUGCCAGUUAUAAUAGGGAAGUUUAUAUUUUUGGCUGAUUUCAUUAUCCCUGAUUACCUAGUAGAUGAGUGUAUACCACUGAAAUUAGGGAGACCUUUGUUGGAACUUGGAGAUGCUAUUAUUAUAUUUAUGGAAGGUGAGAUGACACUCAGAGUUGAAAAAGAGGAGAUGACCUUUAAUGUUUACAAAGCUAUGGGACUACUUAUGACACAAUGA